AUGAAUUACACUCUCCUUUUCCUCCUCCUCAUCCACUCAACUGUCACAGCCGAUGACGGUGCUGUCGUGCUGAAGUUAGCAAAUUCCCUGAGCCCCUUGUCCACAGGUUGGUCCAAUGUGUCCUCCAGAGGCUUCUGCACCAACUGGGCUGGUAUGCAAUGUGAUUCCUCCGGUAGAGUCUCCUCAAUUAACCUCUCUAAUUUUGGCCUCAUUGGCACCCUCCCUUCAGAGUUUUCUAACCUAACUGAACUCCUUUUUGCUGCAUGGAAACUUCCUGCCGAUCUUGCUCGAUGUACUGGUCUCAAAUCUUUCAAAGCCACCAAUUCCAUUAUUACUGGUUCCAUUCCCGGCAUAUUUGCCUCCCUAUCAAGCUUGCAGGAUUUGAUGCUGGGCUUCAAUAAUUUGAAAGGUCCUUUGCCACCAUCUAUGGCAAAAUCUGGGAUAAAAAACUUGUGGUUAAAUAAUCAGCUAGAGGGAUUAACUAGUAACAUUAAUGUGCUAGCAUCAAUGACCCAACUGUCCCAGGUGUGGCUCCAUGUCAAUAAAUUUACAGGUCCAAUUCAAGAUUUGUCGAAUUGCAAAAGCAACUUGGACUUGCAGCUGCGAGACAAUCUGCUAACAGGUAUAGUUCCAUGUUCUCUGGUUUCACUUCCUAGUUUGCUAAAUGUUUCUUUGUCAAACAACAAAUUGCAAGGCCCUGACCCUGCAUUUCCAUCUACUGUUACAGUAGAUGACUACCACAGCACAAACAAUUUCUAUGCAGAUGCCGGGGUUCCAUGUGAUCAACAGGCGACCACAUUGCUUCAGAUUGCUGGGGAUUUUAGGCAUCCAGUGCGCUUGUCCGAUGGAUGGUACAGAAAUGGUGUCCUGUGUGUAGUUGGUUUCGUGUUGGAUGCAAUUCCCUAA